AUGGAUCAAGAACAGACACUGACGCGAGAGGUUCUUCGGUGGAUCCAGUCACUGGUGCGAAGGCAAAUGAGGGAGGGGGUUAGGCCAGAGGAUGAGUUCGCGUGGGGGAGGGGAAACUCGGACAGUGGUAAUGUGCGUGUGUAGGACCUGGCGUACAGCGUCAAAAACGUUAAGCGAGACUUCAGUAAUGGAUUUCUGGUGGCCGAAAUUUACUCACGAUACUAUGACAAGGACGUUCAGAUGCACAGCUUUGAUAAUGGGAUUGCGCUGCGAAUAAAGAAAGAUAAUUGGAGUCAGCUUCUGAAGUUUUUCCACAAGGUUGGAGUUCAGGACGUUGUCACCCCCGCCGAGGUGAAUCUAAUUAUUCACUGUGAAGAUGGCGCCGUCAUCAAGUUUGUGAAUAGGAUGUAUGAGGCACUUACGCAACGAACUUUAAAAAAGGUUUCACGCCGAUUACUUCCCGCUAAGCCUCAAGCGUUUACGCGCGAGACGGGCUCGACGGCAAUCCGAGCCUGCCUUCGCGGCGCAAUGCUAGCUGAAACCUCUGACGAGACGACUCAAGCUUGUCAGCUUGCAGAGCGCGUUGGUCUCCACGAGCAGAGCCUCCAGGAGGAACGAAGCCUAGAACCAGACAGAUUUCACUUUGUUCGUGCGUCAAAUGCACAAGGGGGUCCCAUGCGCGCAUCAGCACGCGUUGUUGACGCAGAGGCAGCAGCGGCGCCCAAAGUUACUGUAAAGGCUAUUCAGGUGCGCCAGGUAGAUAAGACUAUUACACGGCCCCGUGGACGGGACGAGUCAAGUGUCAGCAUGGACCUUCAUGUGUCAGCUUUGUCGCAGACGACCCCCCGUCCUCCAGUUUCCGGUGAUGGUAUUUCAACAACGUGCGAUGCCAUCGCCAAUACACCAGCACUUGUCCAAUCUUCAAAUGAUAAUGCAGAAACUCUUCCUACCAAGGAGGCUGUUACAGCGUGUGCCCGCCUUGUGGGUGAAGCGGCUGCACUUGCCUCUUCUUUCGCGUCUGUGACAGUUUCUGAAGCCAGCAAGCAGGACUCCAACCUAACAUCAUUGCAGAUUCAACAGCUAAGGGAGGUUGGAUACGACUAUAACUCUGCUGGUGCUCACGCUGAAGCUGCCGCUUGCGAGCUGCGUGUCUUCGAGGAAAAGCUAUCUCGCGCUGAGGCUGCCUAUCGUAAGAUUAAGGAGACGUGCUCAACCUGA